AUGGCGCCAGCCGCGAGAUCUUCUUCUGGACUGGCGCCGGAUGCGAGCCCUGAGGCAAAGAUAAAACACCUGGAACAUCAGCUGUCAGUGCUCACGGCCGAACGCAACGAUCUAGCAGCGGAUGUAGAGAGCCUAUGCAUGCAGUCAUCUGGCGACAUCUUCAGUGCCUCCAGCGUACUCAGCGAGCGAAUAUGCAACAUGCAGAAGGAGACCAACAAGCUCAGAGCCCAGCUCGAGGCAGUCAAUGCAGAGCGCGAUGGGCUGUAUGAAGACCUCAUCAACCACCGCACCUCCAAACGUACAGUUGACAAGCAGUGGCGCAUUGAGCGGGAGAAGUCUGAGAGGCUGGAGAGCGAGCUGGCAUUCUACCAGAGCCACAGCGCACGCACACUCUCAGACCGUGACAAGGCUGUAUGGGAGGCAGAGGAGCUCAAAGCACAGCUGCUGGAGACGGAGAGUCGGCUGUCAGAGCUGGAGGCGCACGCAGAGAAGGAGGCAACGCAGCGCGCGGAAGCCGAGCGGCUGCUGGCGUCCGAGAGGAAGCUGACUGCGCAGCUGCGGGUGAAGGCAGCGGAGGCUGUACUGCUGCCGGGCGUGCGCCACGAGCUCUCAGAUGCGCGAGAGCGCAUCUCACAGCUGGAGCAGCAGAGAGAUGAGCUGCAGGCAGCCUUGACGGCCACGCAAGCAUUGCUAGAGGGGGAGCAGUCGGCGCACAGGGCGACACAAGAGACGCUGGAGUCGGUGCGGCAGGACAUGGCCGCAGCUGAGGCGACCGCUGAGGAGGUCACCGAGCGCUUGAACGCCGACGUGGCCAAAUUAGAGGCUGAGCUGGCGAGGGUGCAGAGCGAGAGGGACGAGCUGGAGACGCGGGCGGAUGAUGCCGAAGGGGGGCUGGCGGCUGCGCAGGCCGAGAUGGAGACGGUGCAGAAGCGGCUGGAGGCCGAACUCGCGCAGCUGCAGCAGUCCAGCCGGAGCCAGCGCGAGGAGACUGCCGCCGCACACGACGCCGAGGUAACUGCACUACGCGCGGACGUGGAGAGGCUGACUAAGGAUUACGAGACGACCCGGGUGGAAAGAGACAAGGCUUCAGAGGAGAAAGCGUCGGCGCUGAUGCGAAUAUCGGCGGCCGAGGAGACGGCAACGCAGGCCUUUGAGGAGGUGGGCAACAUGCGCGACGAGAUCGCCGACCUGCGUGAACGCCUGCAGAAGGCGACGCAGGAGAAGGUAGCGGCGCUGAUGCAGGCAGCUGAGGCCAAGGACGGCCGCCGCGCAGCCGCCCGUUCCGCCAAAUCUGGCGCAGCCGCCACCAGCCCGGCCGGCUCAUCCUGGCGGGGUUCUGGGAUCCCUCAAGUCUUCGACACCAAGAGUCCUGUGACACAUCUCUAUUCUGGGAAGUGA